AGUCCUCGAGGAUGUUCUGCGUCCAGCGGUCAGUCAGUGUUGCCUGGGACCUGAGCGUGUGUGCUCAGCCCUCCACAACAACUGCUAUUCAGUGAGCGAAGUGUCCAUUGCGUUACCUGAACUACAUGGUGUUCGCACACUUGCCCAGUGAUAACAGCGUGCAGGUAUUUGCUACUGUGAGGUGUUAGAAAUACUCGCACCGGUGAACGUUGGUCUGGGACCUGGACAAACUUACCACCACGAGUCACAACAUCAUCACCAACACUGGCGACGAAUCUUGCAUUCUGCUCAGGGGGACGUCAUCGGCGAGGGUGGUCACUCGUCUUUCCAGUUUCUAUACUUUGACCUUGAAGCUGUGCAUGCUGCCCGUUAGAAACUUUUAAACUCCUCGUCAAGGAGCGAGGAUGCCAGCCAGUGUGGACAUUCGCGCCAUCAUAGGCAGUGUCUUAAACGUUAUCAAAACAAGAGCCAACCAGAUAUGUGCUGCCACUUGCGACGGUCUUGUCCUCAGGAUGCACUACCGCUGGACCUUCUGUCUCCUGUUGGGCGGCUUCCUCACGGUGUGGUACUCCUGGUAUUACCGUGAUGUCAUCACGUGCGUGUCGCACUUCAACGCUGAGACUCAGGUCCGCCUCGACUACAUCAAUAUUUGUCUCUCAUACCCUUACAUCGAAGAUAAUGGUUCCAAGAGAUACUUACUCUUCUACCGCUGGAUAUCUUGGUCACUCCUCGUCCUAGCUGGAGUGUAUUACAUCCCACGUAAAGUCUCCAAGAACUUCGACAACGCAAGAUGCAAGAAACUUUUGGAAGACCUUGCCGCCAACGCUCACGCAUAUGACCACAUAGAGAAAGACCUGGUGGAGAGAGCCGCUAGAUACAUCACUUUUAAUAUCAAGACCCACGAUGGACUCUACUGGAAAUAUCUUACUGUCAAUGUCCUAGCAUUAAUUAUUGAUAUUUUUGGUAUGCUGUUCUUGAAUUUCAUACUCCAGGGACGAUUUAUUCAGUACGGAUUUAAGUCUUAUCCAUUUAACAGAGAUCCUCAGAAGUUCACAGAUUACAUGUCACAAACAUUCCCUCCAUUUGCCUCUUGCGAGCUUUCUAAUGAAAAUCAACUCGUAAACAAACGUAUAGAAAAGUUUGGUUGUCACCUAACAAUAAUGGAGCUGUACGAAAAGGUGUUUCUGAUCGUGUGGUUGUGGAUGAUCGUGCUGACCUUCGUCACCUGUUGCUACAUUGUCUUCCUUGGGUUAAUGUGGCUCCCCUGCGUGCAAGUUUACCUUCUCCGCACUGCGAAGCCUGUCCACGUCAGCAGUAAAGUCCGAGGGGUCGUGCAUGCAGUGGCAAAGAACUGCAAGAUCGGUGACAUUUAUCUCCUGUACCGCGUGAGGGGACACCUGAGCCAUGCCAGGUUCUACGAGCUGAUGACACGGCUGUCGGAUCCUGCUCUGUUCACCAAGCAGAUUCAGCAAGCCCCACCCGGAAAAAUCCCAGAUGGCAAGGAUAAGAUGCCGCCAAACAACCAGACGGAUACUCUGAGGAACCGGCACCCGAAUUUACCCCAAGAUCCACUAAUGAAUCCUGAAUAUCUGCAUCAACUUCUUGUCAACCAGGAAAUGAUGAACAGACACCCUCAGAACCCUGCCGGACGUAAUCCAUUGCUCAAAAAUAACAGUAACAUUCUCAUCGAAUAGUCCAGUCAUGUAAACUAUUAAGUUACUAAUGUGCUAUAGUUCUCAUGGGGCUUCAUACCCCAUGGAAGCUGAUUGUUUUUUAGUCUUUCUUAUAUUUUAACUUCCACCUUUUGAUACUGUGAAGUGAAUUCUCCCAUUCCUUCUCUGUCACCCAAGUUCUUCAUCUAUUGCUUUUUGCUUUCUCUUAUUAUAUACAUUCCAUUGUUAUUACUUGUAAAUUAAGCAAAUUAUCUAACUAGUGCAGCUAUCCGUAACUCUCAAGAGAAGCUUGCAUUCUAGGAUGCCUUUGGCAACAAGAAAUUAGUUUUUAUAAGGGAUCAAGUGCCUUACACUCCAACGUCAAUUAUAAAGCUGUGAUAUGUCACUAGGUUUAAGUGAUAUGUUAAAACUGGGUUCUUCUAAUGUAAUAAUUAUUAUUUUCUUGAACUCAGUGAAUGCCAAAUGUUAUGGUGUAUGGGCGUGUCCUGAUAUACACUGUUUACAAAAUAUAAAAAUAUGUGUGUGCUUUGUAUUGCGUUUUAAUAAAGACUUUUUUGUAAUA